UAAUGCAGCCCUCCCGGAUCGAAUCCAAUAGAAGAAGACACGGUGCUUCGGAGUGAAUAGUGCAAAUGAAGUUGAACCCGUAAAAUGUGGGAGUUUAACAUAGCAUAAAACAUAACGUUUAGCAUAACUACAAAAAAUGUUGUCAUGCAUGGCCACCAGCUCUCAUUCAAACUCACUGUUCGCCACACGUUUCUCACGCAGUGAAAGAUGCAUCGCAGAGCAUAGAGGACACAGACAGCGCGCUGACAGAUAAGACAGAUCAGAUCUGGUCCUGUGGGUGUCAGUAUCACACAGUGAUCACAGUUCACACCUGCAGUGAAGCUCCUCCCACAACAAUUCACCAAUAAAUACUGGGAAUAUUCACAUCAUCCUACAAGAGAAGGACAAACUCCAGGUGUAGCAGCUGAAAUCUGUGUGAAGAUGGAGUUUAUUAAAGAGGAGAUUGAAGACAUGAGUGAUCCAGAACCAUCCAGAAUAAAACAAGAAGAUAUUGAGGAACAAAUAGACCAGAUGGAGCAAAAACACAAACUGAAUGAAGUUAAAGAGGAGAAACACAACUUCAAAACUCAAGGAACAAAAGCCAAAAAGCUGCACACCUGCUCACAGUGUGGAAAGAGUUUCCAAAAAAAAACAAACCUUAAUAAACACACAAGAGUUCACACUGUAGAGAAACCAUAUACAUGCUCUCAGUGUGGAAAGAAAUUCCUAGAUAAAGGAAACCUUAACAGACACAUACGAGUUCACACCGGAGAAAAACCGUAUACAUGCAGUCAGUGUGGAAGGAGUUUUUCUCAAGCAACAGGUCUUAGUUAUCACCUGAAAGUUCAUUCAGGUGAGAGGCCUUAUGUGUGUUCCUUCUGUGGAAAAAGUUUUUCAAGACUGGAUCAUUUUAAACAGCACCAGAAAGCGCACAAUAAUGUGAAAGAUCAUGUAUGUUGUGACUGUGGGAAGAGCUUUACUACAUCUGGUCAUCUGAAACUGCACCAAAGAAUUCAUACUGGAGAAAAACCUUACAAGUGCUCAUAUUGUGACAAGAGUUUCACUGAUUCAGGAUCCCUGAAAUCACACGAACGAGUUCAUACUGGAGAGAAGCCGUACCACUGUACUCAGUGUGAGAAGAGUUUCAAAGAUGCAGCAAGUUUAAGACAUCAUCUGCGUGUUCACUCUGGAGAAAAACCAUUUAACUGUGAUCAGUGUGGUAUAAAGUUCAUUUUAUCAUCACUUCUAAAAAAACACCUGAAGGUUCAUUCAGAUGAGAGGCCUUAUGUGUGUUCUCUCUGUGGAAAGGGUUUUUCAAGGCUGGAUAUAUGUAAACAGCACCAGAAAAUACACAAUAAAGUAAAAGAUCAUGUGUGUUUGGACUGUGGGAAGAGCUUUAAUAGGGCUGCCUGUCUGAAACUGCAUCAAAGAAUUCAUACUGGAGAAAAACCUUACAAGUGCUCAUAUUGUGACAAGACUUUCGCUCGGUCUGGACAACUGAAAGUACAUGAGCGACUUCAUACUGGAGAGAAUCCGUCGAAGGUUUCUACCAAUCAAAAACUCUAAUGAUUCAUAGAAAAAAAACAUUGUCACACUGAACAAAUGUUCUUCUCAGAUCUAGUGCUUUCAAAUAAAUAAUGUGAGAUUCAGAAAGAAAAUGUAUAGAAAUGCCACAAGAUUUGUAGAGUUGUUUUUUUCUGUUUUGUUGAACAGAAUAUAUAUUCAGUCACUUUAAUUUAUGAAUUUGUGUUCUUUAUUUGAAACCCCCUAUGUAAAAUUAGAGAAAUAAAUGUUACAAAAACCUACAA